UCGUGCUCAGCCCUGUGUGUGCGCGGACAAAGUCGCGGGUUAUUAGCUAGUAUUUAACAUUAUUAUGGCUUCACCACUUUAUUAACUUAUUUUCAAGAUAUAAUCGAACAACGAGUAGUAUUCCCGCUUGAUACUAGAUGGCACUUUUCGAUUAUCUUAGAAAUUUUUUGAACCUUAUUCAGUUGAUUCAGGUCAUAAUAUUACAUAGCUAGUAGGCUAUGUUCGGGUAGCAGAGCUACGACACGCCUACAAAUUGGACAUAAAAGAGUGUUUUCACUUGAUACUAGAUGACGCUGUUUUAAUUACUAUGUAAGUUCUUCGAAAUUUCUUGAACCUUCCACCCUUUUCACGUACUUAGCAGCACUACGGCGCGCCUGCGUAACUUAAAUAAAAACGGUUGACUACAGCGACGCAGUCGUCAAUUCAUAAUAAUCCAGAUUCGAGAGCGAGUCGCUACUUCAGUGUUUUUGUGGUUUAAAUUUCUUUGUGCUGUGCAGAGAAAUGGCGUUAUUACCAUAUAUUGCGGAUCUAAUAAGACCUAGACGUCCGCAUGAUUUUACAGAAUAUGCUGAUUUAAUUACGGACAUGAUAGUUGAUCAUUCAAGUCCGAGAUAUUUGCGUCCUUGGCGUAAUCUAUCAACGUUGCAACGCGAUAUUGGAUCUACUAUAAAAUCCGACAAAGACAAAUUUCAAAUAAAUCUGGAUGUCCAACAUUUUUCGCCUGACGAAAUCUCCGUUAAGAUCGUUAACAACUACAUUGUUGUUGAAGGCAAACAUGAGGAGAAGAAGGACGAACAUGGAUUUAUAUCUCGUCAGUUCAAGCGUCGCUAUGCAAUACCAGACGGUUGUAAACCAGAAACGGUAGAAUCUAAGCUUUCAUCUGAUGGUGUGUUAACAAUUUUAGUGCCAAAAAUGUCUGAAGGGAAAGACGAAAGAGUUGUGCCUAUUACACACACCGGGCCUGUGAGAAGGAAGGGACAGGAUGAAGAAAUUGUUGAAAACGGUCCAGAAGAAGGAAAAACUCCAGCAAAAAAGAAGAGACGUUAAUUCGGAAAGAAUUGUCUAAGCUUCAAUUAGGUUAAUUUGUAAGUAAGACUGAAAAACCAUUGGUAUUUUACGUACAAUAAAUCUGUUUUCGUAUA